GUUCAUAAAACUCCCCAAUAUUUAAUUGGACAGUUUUUUUUUUCUUUUUUUUAAUAGUUUCUCAUUAAUACUGUUUUAACUCAAAUUGAUAAUUUUCCUGCGCUUUCUCUCUCUUUCUCUCUCCGGGAAAAUCACAGCCUUCUCGAUCCAAACAGAAAAUUUCGUUUGUUUGUAUGAAAAUCCGCGAAGCUCAAUCUUCUCAGCUCACUUCACCUUCUUGCAAACUGAAACAACAUCAGCAUUCCGAUUUCGUUUUGUUUCGUAGAUUGGACGCUGGAUCACCGUCCGAUCAUGACUGGGUUUGUCCAAUCAACGGCUGUGAUCUUCUUUUAUCUGCAUGCGCAACCGCCGGAAUAGUCUUCACCUCUGUCACGGUCGACUGAAUCUAUGUGUGGUGGUGAGAUUAGGAGUCUAGGUUGUGCUGCUUCUUUUGGAUGCAUACUGGUGAAGGAUAAAUGUACGUUGUCGGGGAUCUAGGGUUGUCGAGCCUGGUCCUUGUGGUCUCUCUGAUUGUCCCUGUGAUCAGUCUCGUAAUUCGGAGAAAAUGGCGCCUCGCGGUGGCCAGGAAGGAGGAGAUCAAGAGGCUUUUGGUCUUGGCUGCUGAGGAGGAUGCUAGGGCUGAGCUUCAAGCCUCGCUAGACUACGGUGCUGUUUCGGUCGCAAGGGGUUAUCACCAGUGUGCGGUUUGCUAUUCCCCCACCACCACGCGGUGUGCCCGCUGUAAAGCAGUUCGAUAUUGUUCUGCUAAGUGUCAAAUUAUUCACUGGCGACAAGGUCACAAGGAAGAAUGCCAUCCACCAGCUCAUACCACACCCCAUAAUGAUAAUGAUAGAAGUGAUUCUGUUCAGAAGUUAGCAGAAGAGCAGUAUCGAAUUUAUGGUGACAGAUUUGAGAGUGAAGAAAAGCAUCAUGCAAGGCCAACCAAAGCAGCUUCAGGGGAACCUCCAUUAUCUGAUACCAGUAACUCUAAUGGGAUUUUAUACUCAAAGGAUGGUAAUGUCAAGGUUGAAUACCAUUCAGAUAGAGAAGGAACUGAUUCUGCCUCUGAUACUUGUAGCAGUUCAUUCUCAGGAUUCUCUACUCCUCCUACCAGUGUUGAAUCAUCUGACGAUGCUUCUAACUGUGAGAGCAUUAGUUCAAAUGAGACUGAGAGAUCAGAUAAACCUCAGUCUGUUGAUGCUGCAGUUGACAUGCUUUGGACUGUUUCUAGUGUUAAUGAUGUGGAUCAAACCAAUCCGUCAUCGCCCAAAUUUGCUAAUCUCAUGAAUUCUAUAGAUAAAUUUUCUAAAUCAAAUCAGGUUAAGCCUGAUUAUGGAGAGACUAAACGUUCAUCAACUGUUUCUUCAGAUUUGGGCAUUAAUGGAACAUGUGAUGGUCAAUCUGCUGAAGAAUCUCCUAGUUUCUGGAGUAAAACACUUGAACCUGGUGGGUCCAGAAAGGAAGAUGGCAAUGUGUCUACUCUGUCUUAUUCCAGAGGCGGUUGUAGUAGUACAUCAUAUGAUUCUGAAUCGACCUUGCAGUUUUCUUUUAAUCUGUCUGGAAACUGUGCUCCUUCCUCACAUGGACAAGGCUCCAAGGUUAAAGGUGUAGUAUUGGACAAUCCUGUCCUGCCUACUUUAUCAGAAAAUAUUAAUUUAGAAGCUCAGAGCACCCCUUCCUCGAAGUGUGAAAGGUCCAAUCAGCCCGAGAGUGUCUCAAGCAAUGUCUCACAUAUUUUGAAGUCCAAAGAUGUUGAACCUUCACCAAAUUCCUCAUCUUGUAUUAAUUUAUCAUCUGUUUCUGAAGGGGGUUCAAGUGGUGCAAGUGAUACCUUCACAAGUGGUUUACCAUCUUUAAGGUCCAAAAAGUCAGGUCAUACUUCACAUGUACUGAAUUCUGGAGAAGCCAAAUGUCUACCAACAAGUGCUAAUGCUCUGUCAUCUUCUAGUGUUAAAGUGGAGCUAGUUCCAAUUGUGAAAUCUGGAAAAGUAGAUGUUUUUCAUGCAGUUUCUCCUACUUCACCGCAGGUAGCGGGUUCUAAUGGCAGGCUUGGACUGAAACCCUCUUUGAGGAAAGUUGUUGAUCAAUUGAAAGGAUCCAAAUUGCCAAAACAUUAUCAUAAUGGCUCUGAGAAUGAGGUUGCUGGAAGAUACAGGGACAAGGGCCUCUUUCCUUAUGAGCUGUUUGUUAAGCUUUAUAAUUGGAACAAAGUGGAACUGCAACCAUGUGGUCUUAUAAAUUGUGGGAACAGCUGUUAUGCCAAUGCUGUGCUUCAAUGCUUGGCAUUUACUCCUCCUCUGACUGCUUACUUUCUUCAGGGACUCCAUUCAAAAUCAUGUGGAAAGAAAGAAUGUUUCAUGCGUGAGUUUGAAAAUCUAAUUUUGAAGGCAAAGGAAGGGAAAUCUGUAUUAUCCCCUAUUGGGAUAUUGUCCCAACUCCAAAAUAUUGGAAGUCAUCUGGGUAAUGGGAAAGAAGAAGAUGCUCAUGAGUUCCUAAGGUAUGCUAUUGAUACCAUGCAAUCAGUUUGGCUCAAGGAAGUUGGGGUAAAUAUGACAGGAUCUUCAGACGAAGAAACAACUUUGAUAGGCCUAACAUUUGGUGGUUACCUUCGGUCAAAGAUAAGAUGCAUGAAGUGUCAAGAGAAGUCUGAACGUCAGGAAAGAAUGAUGGACCUUACUGUUGAGAUCGAAGGGGACAUAGGGACUUUGGAAGAGGCUCUUAAGCGGUUUACGAGGACUGAGAUUCUGGAUGGAGAAAACAAGUACCAAUGUAGCAGGUGCAAAUCUUAUGAGAAGGCCAAAAAGAAGUUGACAAUACUAGAGGCUCCCAAUGUCCUUACAAUUGCUUUGAAGCGAUUUCAAUCAGGAAAAUUUGGGAAGCUCAAUAAAUCAAUUCAAUUCCCUGAGAUUCUGAACUUGGCACCAUUUAUGAGUGACAGUAGUGAUAGAUCACCUGUGUACAGGCUUUAUGGAGUGGUGGUGCACUUGGAUAUCAUGAAUGCUGCAUUUUCUGGUCAUUAUGUCUGUUAUGUUAAAAAUAUACAAAACAAGUGGUUCAAGAUUGAUGACAGUACAGUAACAGCUGUGGAACUUGAAAGAGUCUUAACAAAAGGGGCGUACAUGCUUCUUUAUGCUAGGUGCUCACCCAGGGCCCCAAGAUUGAUUAGGAGCAAAAUGAUAUCUUCUGAUAUGAGAAGUAAAUCAGAAAGUCCUUCAUCAUGUUCAGUAUCUUCCACGCAUACUGGUCCUCAAUUCCAAUCUAACUUCGUUUCUUCAGAUCCAUCAAGCAUUGCAUUGUUUGUAUCAAAAUUCCAACAGCUGCAAAGGAUUUUAGAAGAGGAUUCGUCAAGUGACAAUUCUUCUCUCCUUAGCAGCAAUUCCGAUGAAAGUUCAUGCAGUACUGACAGCACUCUGGAUUCUACCAGUAUGGAUGAUCUAUCUGAGUUCAUAUUCUGUGAUUCAGGGGGCAGUUGGAGCAGAUCAUGGAGGAAUUCUUCCGAUUCAGAUGCUUCUUCAUCUUCCUCAUCCUCUUCUUCCCCAUCAUACUCAGGGAAUUCAUCUGUUGCCAACCUAGACCGCAAGACUUGCAGUCCCCGGGAAACAAGCGGGCCUCAAACUGGUUUUGCUUGUUCGGCUAAAGAGCAUGAUAAUAGCAGGCUGGCAGAUGUGGAAGGCAAAAGAGGUGAUCCUUUUUUCCAUUCUGACACGACUAAACAUUGUAGAAAGUUAGGUAGUGGUAGUAUUAAUAGUAGUAGUUAUAGGGAAACUGACUCAAAGAGAUUGGGAAGGGGUAGUUCCUUCGGCUUCAGUAUACCCUUUAGAAGAUCAACAAGUGAAAGAACCGAGUAAAAAAUUUUUAUUAUGAGGUAUUUAGUUAUAGUGGGGUAAAUAAGGGCUUUGAGGAGGGUUGUUUGUAAGAAACUGCCGUGGCUGCCGCCUGGUUUAAUUUAUCGGCCAUUACCAUUUUGUUUAUAUAUUUUUUAAAUAAUAAAAAAGUAUUGUACAA